AUGGCGAGCCGCCUCGGGCUGCCGAGCUGCUGGGCCCGGCGCCUCCGGGGGUCCCCGCCCGGCUGCCGCGUCCGCCCGGGGCGCAGCUACGCCGCGAGCGCCGCGGGCCUCUCCGCCGAGCUGCUGCGCGGCGACAGCUUCGUGGGAGGCCGCUGGCUGCCGGCCCGGGACACCUUCCCGGUGCGCGACCCGGCCAGCGGCGCGGCGCUGGGCACGGUGGCCGACUGCGGGGUGCCCGAGGCCCGCGCCGCCGUGCGCGCCGCCCACGAGGCUUUCUGCGGCUGGAAGGGGGUCUCGGUCAAGGAGAGGAGUUCCUUACUUCGGAAAUGGUACGAUUUGAUGGUGCAGAAUAAGGACGACCUUGCCAAGAUAAUCACAGCCGAGAGUGGAAAGCCACUGAAAGAGGCCCAGGGAGAAGUCCUCUAUGCAGCCCUGUUCCUGGAGUGGUUCUCAGAGGAAGCCCGCCGGGUUUACGGGGACAUCAUCUACACCUCUGCCAAGGACAAGCGGGGCCUGGUCUUCAAGCAGCCCGUCGGCGUGGCGGCCGUCAUCACGCCGUGGAAUUUCCCUAGUGCCAUGAUCACCCGGAAAGUGGGGGCCGCCCUGGCAGCUGGCUGCACGGUGGUGGUGAAACCUGCGGAAGACACGCCCUUCUCUGCCCUGGCACUGGCCCAGCUUGCGAACCAGGCAGGAAUCCCUCCGGGUGUGUACAACGUCAUUCCCUGCUCAAGAGCCAAGGCCAAGGAUGUGGGAGAAGCGCUCUGCACCGACCCACUGGUCUCCAAAAUCUCCUUCACUGGCUCAACAGCAACAGGAAAGGUCCUCCUACACCACGCGGCCAGCUCGGUGAAGAGAGUGUCCAUGGAGCUGGGCGGCCUCGCCCCGUUCAUCGUCUUUGACAGUGCCAACGUGGACCAGGCUGUGGCGGGGGCCAUGGCGUCUAAGUUUAGGAACACUGGACAGACUUGUGUGUGCUCAAACCGAUUCUUGGUGCAACGGGGUAUCCACGACUCCUUUGUAAAAAAGCUUGCGGAAGCAAUGAAGGACAGCCUGCGUGUGGGCAAUGGGUUCGAGCCCGGAACUACCCAAGGACCGUUAAUUAAUGAGAGAGCGGUAGAAAAGGUGGAGAAACACGUGAGCGAUGCAGUUUCCAAAGGGGCCACCGUCGUGAUGGGCGGAAAGCGACACCAAUAUGGAAGGAACUACUUUGAGCCCACCCUGCUCAGCAAUGUCACCACGGACAUGCUCUGCUCCACAGAAGAGACCUUUGGGCCUCUGGCUCCAGUCCUUAAGUUCGAUACAGAGGAGGAGGCCAUAGCGAUCGCGAAUGCUGCAGACGUUGGCUUAGCAGGUUAUUUUUACUCUCAAGACCCAGCCCAGAUCUGGAGGGUGGCAGAGCAGCUGGAGGUGGGCAUGGUCGGUGUGAACGAGGGACUGAUCUCUUCUGUGGAGUGCCCCUUCGGUGGGGUGAAGCAGUCGGGGCUUGGGCGAGAGGGGUCCAAGUACGGCAUUGAUGAGUAUCUAGAAGUCAAGUAUGUGUGCUUUGGGGGCCUAUAGGAGCUGCGCUCAUUAAAAAAGAAAAAAAAAAGUUUUUUUCAAAAGAAGGUACCCGCCUAGAUAACAGACCAGUCAUGUUUCUAAAUAAACUAAUACAUUCUCAGAA